AUGAUUUCUAAAAUCUCUUCAAAAUCUAACUCUAGCUUAGCCUCAAACGACGAAGACAGCUCUUACUAAACAUAAUUCCAUCAUCAACCACAUUUCCAAUUAGAAGAUGGAAUUUUUAAGUCCAAGUAAUUUAAAUAAAGAAGAAAAACUAUCCAAUAUGGAUAGAAAGAUAGAAGCAGUGCCAUCUAUAAGUACAUCAAAGAGAAGCAAAAGGCCUUUCUUGAUUACAAACCAAGAGCUUAAAUUUCUUAAUUCUCCGCUGAAGAGGAUAGAAUCCUAAUCUUGCUUGUUAAGAAGUUAGGACCUAAGUUCAAUAAAAUAACAAGGUAUUUCUCAGGAAAAACAGUUAAUAUGAUUAAAAAUAGAUAUUAUAAGGCUCUACGAUAUGUUGAAUCUCAAGAAAUUCCAAAGGAACUUGAAGAAGAACUUCUUUCAAACAACAAUGAUUCAAGAAUUAUUGGUAGGAAAAUUCUAAAUUUAUGGCCCCAACAUAAAUAUAUGAGUUCUGUGUUAGAGAACAGCCCUCUCUUUCCAGAAGCAAAGGAAAUUUUGCACACCUUUUUGAGUUCAUUUUAAUAACUCAUCAGCAAUUGCAAAAGUGACAAAUGAAAUAUAUAUAUAUGUUAUAAAACAUAAUUAACAGUACUAAA